AUGAAUCAAGAAACCAGCAGAGACUACUGUAGCUGGUUGAUCCAUGUGAAAUUAUCUCGAAUAGUUGCCAUGGUACUCGCUAUACUCAUAUUCACACCUCUAAUUACACAUUUUUACCUUUCCAAAGUAGAAAGAAGUUCAUAUCUCAUAGAACAUGGUGCACAUUCACACCAAGACCUCAACGAAGACUUCUAUAUGUUCAAAGAGUCUGAUUUAAAAGUAGGAGUAGAAGAAUUACUUAGGAUUAGGGGCUCUGUACUGAGUGAAUUGCGUGAUAUCGAGAAAAAACGGCAGCAGUACAAACAAGAAAUACAAAGUUAUGCUAAGAACAUUGAAGAAUUGAAAUUAGAAUUAUCCCACCAGCAAACUAGCUUAAACAGACUGAAGAUAUCUGUAGAACAAGCACAAGUGGCCCAACAUGAGGCCCUUCAACAAAAUACUCCAGAUUUAGCUUUACCCAAGAAACUAACAGUUGAUACAUUGCCUUCAAUAUUACCACCAAUACCCAGAAAUGCAUCCAUACAUUGUAGAAUGUACAACUGCUUCGAUCACUCAAGGUGUUCCCUAACUUCUGGAUUCCCUGUAUAUUUGUAUGACCCUGAUCAGUUCCCUGUCAUGAAUGAUGGCUGGGAUGUGGAUGGGUUCCUGAAAACAACCCUCAAACAGACUUUGGGUUACAACCCUCAUCUCACCAACAACCCAAAAGAAGCUUGUAUAUAUCUAGUUCUAGUUGGUGAGGCAUUGAAAGAUACAGAUGAUGUUAGUGAGAAUGUUGGCAAUCAUUUGAAUUUGCCACCACUUGAUUCUGAGGCCUUGAAGAGGUUGCCUUUCUGGGGUGGUGAUGGAAGGAACCAUAUUCUACUGAACUUAGCUAGAAGAGAUCUCACUACUACCUCAGGAGACAUUUUCUCCAAAACUGACACUGGUCGUGCCAUACUAGUUCAAUCAACUUUCAGGAGUGAUUUCUUCAGGCCAGGGUUUGAUCUGAUAAUUUCACCUGUUCUUGGGCCCCCUGGUGGAGAUGUUUGGCAAGAAUGUGCCCCCAUGGUACCUGUACGCAGGAAAUAUCUACUCACUUUCCAAGGUGAGAUGAAAAUGCUCAAGUCAGAAAGAAAUGCUUCCUCCAGGACAGAUCAUUUUGAUGAUAUUGAGGACAGUGAUGCAGAUGUAGACAAGUUUGUCAUUGAUCAUUUGGGCAGUCUGUCAGAAUCCGAAACAUCUGACAAAUUCAUCUUCGAGUUCGUCUGCAACCCUGCCAGUGACAACAACAUCAACAGUGGCUCCCAAGAUUGGGCCCUCUGUGGCACAGAUACUAGCCGAAGAAGUGUCUUGAAGAUGUCUACGUUCGUUUUGAUUUUUGCCCCGCGUCACGUUGAAUUAGUGUCUACCACUUUGUUGCAGGCCCGGGUGUACGAAGCUCUGAGAUCGGGAGCCAUCCCAGUCAUCUUGGGCGGCGACCAGACCCGCCUGGCCUACGACGAGGUCAUCCAGUGGCGUAGGGCGGCAAUCUUCGUGCCGCGCGCCCGCAUCACCGAACUCCAUUUCCUGCUGAGGGCCCUGCCCGACGAAGACGUGUUGCUGAUGAGGCGGCAGGGCAGACUGGUGUGGGAGAGAUAUUUGGCUUCGGUGCAGAGCACUUUGGACACGAUCGUCGCUGUACUUCGAGAUAGAUUGAAUAUUCCUGCCCUUCCUGCUGACAAUUUCAAAGCGAUGAGCGUCUUCAACGAAACAUUUCAACCUAUUCAAGUGCCUGUGGCCAGUGACGCCGAGCAAGAGGAGAGCCUCGGGCCGCUGGAGCCGCCCUUCGAUAGCCCCGCCUACCGGCGCAACUACAGCCUCUCAUUGGUGCACGGCCACGCGGUGUGGAACGAGUGGGGCGACCCGUUCCGCCUCUACCCGCAUCUGCCCUUCGAUGCCGCCCUCUCGGCGGACGCGAAGUUUUUGGGCUCGGGCAGGGGCUUCCGGCCCAUCGGGCAGGGCCAGGGGGGCGCCGGGAAGGAGUUCUCGGAGGCCUUGGGGGGGAACUAUGCGAGGGAGCAGUUCACGGUGCUGGUGCUUACGUACGAGAGGGAGCAGGUGCUGCUCGACUCGAUAGCGCGCCUGCGCGGCCUGCCCUACCUCAACUCCGUCGUGGUGGUGUGGAACAGCCCGCGGCCGCCCAGUCCCGAGCUGCGCUGGCCCGACAUUGGGGCGCCUGUGCGGGUCGUCAAGGCGGCCAGGAACUCGCUCAACAACAGGUUUCUGCCGCUCGAUUGCUUGAGAACGGAGGCCAUUUUGUCGGUAGACGACGAUGCGCAUUUGAGGCAUGACGAGAUCUUGUUCGGAUUCAGGGUGUGGAGGGAGCAUCGGGAUAAGAUAGUCGGAUUCCCAGGAAGGUAUCAUGCAUGGGAUCUCAACACCAAAAACAGUUGGCUCUACAAUUCCAACUACAGUUGUGAGUUGAGUAUGGUUCUGACUGGUGCUGCAUUUGUUCACCGCCAUUAUCUCCAUCUUUAUUGGAAAUGGCUGCCACAAGCCAUCAGAGACAAGGUAGAUGAGUACAUGAAUUGCGAAGACAUAGCGAUGAAUUUUCUUGUGAGCCAUUUCACCAGAAAACCCCCAGUGAAAGUGACCUCGAGAUGGACCUUCAGGUGUCCAGGAUGCCCGCAGAGUCUUUCAGAAGACGAUACGCAUUUUCAGGAGAGGCACAAGUGCAUAAAUUUUUUCACACAGGUAUUCGGAUAUCUUCCUCUCCUGAACACCCAGUAUAGAGCAGACUCGAUAUUAUUCAAAACUCGGAUACCACAUGAUAAACAAAAAUGCUUUAAAUUUAUAUAA